GCCUGUCAACCGUGAAGAUGUCCAAAGGACUUCUCGUUUUCUGGCUCCUGAUUGAGUUUGGGCGGCUUUAUCUGACACCAGCCGCGGCAGAGAUUGUUGUGACAGCGCAUUUGGGUGAGCCGGUGACUUUGCCCUGUUUGUACUCGUCCUGGUCUGAGUACAACAGCAUGUGCUGGGGCAAAGGCCAGUGUCCCAACUCCAGAUGCAACGAGGAACUUAUCAGCACUGAUGGGACGAAGGUGAUCUCCUGGAAGUCACCAAAAUAUAGCCUUCGGGGGGCUAUCCGGAGAGGCCAGGUCUCCUUGACCAUCUCCAACCCCAGUGAAGAUGACAGUGGUGUGUACUGCUGCCGCAUUGAGGUGCCCGGCUGGUUCAACGAUGUAAAGAGGAACAUUCGCCUGCAGCUGAAGAGAGCCCCAACAACACUUCGAACGACAACCACGCUCCCGACCACCACGUCACAAGUGUUGACAACCACGUCACACGUGACGACAACCACGUCACACAUGACGACAACCACAGCUGUGCUUUCGACGACAGUCGUGGCCACACCUGACCUCACAACCAGAACGCCAUUUCAGACGAGCACCACCGCUGCCCUCACGACAGCAGCCAACACCUGCCCUCUGACCACCCCCAGCUCCCUCCCAGAGGCAGCCACGGAAGGGCCCUUCCUUACUGCAGAAUCAGAAACCCUCCUUUCCACCAAUGACUCUCGGGGAGGCACUGAGUCUACCGCAGACGCUGGCCUGCUCACAUCCAAAGAAACUGAAGUUUCAACGUCCCAGGAUGCCUGGGUGUGGAAAAUGAGGGAUUCUGUAACUACUCCUCAGCCUAGAGAAUCUGAGACAACAACUGCGCAAAACAAAACAGGGGUACAAGACUCUGUGAUGGGAAUGCCCAACUUCAACAACCUGGUGAUAAUCAUUGCGUCCUCCUUGGGGUUUGUGCUCUUGGGACUGCUCCUGAUGUUUCUCCUACGAGGUAAAGUCAUGGAAACCAAUUGUUCACAGAAACACUCAAGGCUAGACAAUGCUGGAGAAUGUAAAAAUGUCCUCAGUGACAUGCAGCAUGGACGGGAAGAUGAAGAUGGCCUUUUUACGCUCUAACAUGCUAUGUUUUCUUAGCAUGACAGGAUGAGGGCAUGACGCUUGACGUGUCAAAAUCAGUCUUAAUAUGUUUUGUUUUCUAUAAAAGCCCCACCUGUUCCACAGCUGUUAUGGAUCUAGUCUUGCUUUAGUUUUGCAAAUGAAAGGUACUUUAGAGACCACA